GUUCAAGUCCACUCGGCUCGCUGGAUGCGUGGAAUGACUCGGCACUGUGGUCGUCCGGUGUGAUUUCUGUGGAUCUGAAGGACAAUUGUAUGAUCUUCACAAGGAUUUAGGCAAUCUAAGGCAAAAGUACCACAGGAUGGUCAAAAAUAUCAGAAACUUGAUCCCGGGUCUGCGGCGCACGGACACCAAUGUCCCGUCUCAAGGUGUUAGCGUGGAUAUGGGAGAGUUUGAUUAUGGGAAGGACAUGGACAAGAGAAAAAUGUCAUUCUUCAAUCCACUUGACCCCUUGCCAAAAUAUGAAUAUUACGCUAAAGACACGUGGACAGGACGUAUAAAAAACACCAGACCAUCACUGGAUGUUCUGCGCAAACCACCGGAUCCUGAUGAUCUUCCUCCACCACCAGAGGAUGAUGACCGGCCCAAAGUCAAACUCGUUCGCUUUGGAUGGGUUCUGGGAGUCAUGAUUCGCUGUAUGUUGAACAUCUGGGGAGUCAUUAUGUUCCUGCGGCUGCCGUGGAUCACGUCUCAAGCCGGAAUCAUUCUGACCUACGUCAUUAUCCUGAUGUCCGUCACCAUCACAACGAUCACAGCGACGUCAGUGUCUGCAAUCUCCACCAAUGGGAAGAUCUACUCUGGUGGCACGUACUUCAUGAUCUCUCGGAGUCUGGGUCCGGAGCUCGGAGCGCCCAUCGGAUUGCUCUUCGCCUUCGCCAACGCUCUCGCCUGUUCGCUCAACACAGUGGGGUUUGCAGAGACCGUCAGAGAUGUUCUUAAAGAAAAUGAUGCUCAGAUAGUGGAUGAUGUCAAUGACGUGAGAAUUAUUGGGACGAUAACUAUCGUCAUCCUGCUCUGCAUCACGUUUGCUGGCAUGAGUUGGGAGGCAAAGGCUCAGAUCCUGUUCUUCAUUGCGCUCUUGCUCUCCUUGGCUAAUUAUUUUGUUGGGACGAUCCUUCCCCCCACCCCAGAGAAGCAGGCUGUGGGAUUUUUCGGCUACCAGGCUGAAAUUUUCUUAUCAAAUCUGCUGCCUUCCUUCCGGGGUAAAGAUGGAUCUUUCUUCAGGAUGUUUUCCAUCUUCUUCCCUUCUGCCACAGGAAUUCUGUCUGGUGUCAACAUCUGUGGAGAUCUCAAGGAUCCAACAGGUGGGAUUCCUAAAGGGACACUGAUGGCCAUAUUCUGGACCACCUUGAGCUAUUUAUUUAUUGCAAUCACAUGUGCUUCAACUGUUGUAAGAGACGCUUCUGGCAAUGUGAAUGAUAGUUUAGCGCUGUCUAAUUCUUCGAUCCACUGCACCGGUCUGGGCUGUAAAUUUGGCUGGAACUUUGACCGCUGUGAACAGAACUACACAUGUAGCUCUGGACUGGCAAACAACUUCCAGGUUCUUACCACUGUUUCAGGAUCUGGCCAUUUGAUUACCAUCGGGAUCUUUGCCGCCACCUUGUCAUCAGCGCUGGGAUUCUUAGUGUCUGCACCCAAAAUUUUUCAGUGUUUGUGUAAGGAUAACAUCUACCCCUACAUUGGCUUCUUCGGGAAAGGUUAUGGUAAAAACAACGAGCCUUUACGAGGAUACAUGCUCAUGUUUACCAUCGCUUUGGCUUUCAUCCUCAUCGGUGAUCUGAACACAAUCGCUCCUCUGAUCUCCAACUUCUUCCUCUGCUCUUACGGCCUCAUUAACUUUAGCUGCUUCCAUGCGACGGUCACCAGAUCACCUGGCUGGCGGCCGGAGUUCCGUUACUUCAAUCCAUGGACGUCUCUGUUUGCUUCUUUCUUGUCUUUUAUCCUCAUGUUUCUGUUCACAUGGUGGGCUGCUCUUGUCACGUCCGCUAUCGUCCUCUGCCUCUUAGGCUACGUCACCUAUAACAAGCCUCAGAUUAACUGGGGCUCAUCUUAUCAGGCCAGUUUCUACAACAUGGCAUUGUCCUUCUCGAUGUCUCUGACUGGUGUGAGUGAUCAUGUCAAAAACUACAGGCCUCAGUGUCUCGUUCUGACCGGCCCUCCGAACACCCGUCCCGCUCUGGUGGACUUUGUGGGCACUUUCACCAAAAACAUCAGCCUGAUGAUCUGUGGGAACAUCAUCGUGGAGGACGAGAAGUCCAGUUUUCCGCAGCACAGCACCGAUAUGCUGGUGGACUGGCUGAAUCAGAGGAAGGUUCGUUCUUUCUACACGUCCUUCAAUGCCGACAGUCUGAAAGAGGGCGCGUCCAAUCUCAUGCAGGCUUCAGGUCUUGGUAAACUGAAGCCGAACACCCUCGUUAUCGGAUACAAAUUGAACUGGCAGGAAUGUAAACCUGAGAGUUUACAGGACUACGUCAACACCAUCAGGUGUGUUCAGUUGCAGAUUUUGUUCACAAAUAUCUGUUUAUUUGCCAUGUAUAUUGAUGCUGUCUAAUCUUUUUUGUUCAGC